AUGAUAGUUACAUUGAUUUCAUCUCUGGCGAUUACAAUAGUUAUUGUCGGAUUAGCAAUUUCACGAUAUCACGCCCGGCGACAAAAACAAACAAAGAAUUUGACGUACAGUGUAACACGAUACCGACGCCGACCGUUGGUAUCUACAUCGUGUGAUAGUUUUACUCCAUCGCCAACAGCAGCACAUGAUAAAUUAUCUAUGGGGGUUGUUAAUGAAACGACACACAUUAUUAAGAAUUCAUCUUCGUGGCCUGACACCAGUUUAUUAAGCCGAGCUGAUAACAAACAAAUAAAAUCGUCUUCACUAUCAUCAUCAUCAUCAUCAUCGAUGUCAACCUCAUCAACAAUCGAGCAUAUCAAUGAACUACCAUCAUUAACGUUUGGUCUUCGAUGGAAUGAAAUCAAUAAAUCAUUGAUUAUUCGUGUUGUUAGUGCUCGAGAUUUGUUUAUUCAUCGUCAUAACCGACAACCUUCAGUCAUUGAUUCAUACGUGCGAAUUGAACUUCUCUCACCAGAAACAAUCAACGGCAGUCUAGAAAGCAUCCCAUCAAUGCGAACGCAUAUUGUUAAAAAACAUGCCUAUCCUGUCUACGACGAAGUAUUCGAGUUUAACAACUUCAAAUCAACAGUGGAUGAAGAAUAUUCACUCCUAUUCACGGUUUCAACCUUCGAUACAUUCACCCGAGAUGAAGUUCUAGGUGAAAUAACUUUUCCAAUUAACUUCAGCAUUCUCAGUUCAACCGAAAUGACAUUUACACAAGAACUGACUGCUCGGCAACGACAACUUACUAAUCAACAGCUUGGCCAAAUGCUUCUUUCUCUCUGCUAUCAGCCAUCUGACAGUGCUCUUACGUUUAUUGUUCUUAAAGCAUCAAAUUUGCCACGAAUAGCUACAACACGAUUAAUAAACCCGUAUUUCAAAAUCUACAUGUUUUACAAAAAACAACGAAUUGCCAAGAGGAAAAACGAAAUGUUUUCUUUGAGUGCGAAUGAGAGAUGUUUUCGAACAUUUUGCCAUUGUAUCGCUCGGAGCGUGCGAUACUUGAGAAAUGAUCGACAACGUCCAGCAAAAAUUCUCGACAGUCAUGCGAAUGUCUACCGGCCAGAAGUGGAAAGUGAAUUGGAACAUUUGGCGGUUGCGACAAGUAGAAAUAAAUCCUUACAAAUAAAUUACGAAAAAGAGUUAGAACGAAAACGACAACGUAGUAUUCGAUAUCAUGUCCUUCGACGAAAAUAUGUCGCACAUCCGAAUGAUAUUCAAAUAAAUCCAUACGUGAAAAAUCACAUGCAAUUCUUACGCAAGAAUUAUCCAAGUCGAUGGACAGUUGACAUGCUUGCUGAAAGUUUUAAUCAAUCAGUUGAAAAUGUUCGUUUGAUCCUUCAACAACGCACAACACGGCGACUACGAGUUCGAGCACGACCUCCAUCAUCUCUGUUUGGAGUUAAAGACGAAGAAGAACGUGAAAAGAUCAUCCGAGAGCAUAUUAUGAAAAGAGAUCUAUCGCGUCGCAAUAGACCUGAAUUAGCAAACACUGAUGACGAUAAUGAACCUGUGGAUCAUCAAGUCUUAGCAGAAGAAAGUCAUCUUUUACCACGACAACGACCGUCCGAUGAUUAUAUGAAGAGAGAUAAUGAUGGUUUCUUCUCAAAUGUCAUUUCAUCAUCCGAUGAAGAUCAACAGAAUGAACGUGACAUAUCAAUAAAGAAAAAACUUUUAACUUCUUCUCCAACAUUGCUCGAUCGUAUUAAUAAACUUCGUUUGAAUACUAAUGCGAUCUCAGACACGUCCGCUCUCGAGCAACCGAUCGAUAUUCAUCAGCAACGUUUGCGAAUUAUCGAACAAAUGCAACGAUCCAACGAUAGAAUUGCCGAAAUGAACGAAAAAAAGCAAAAGUUCGUUGACAAAACUACCGUGAAAAGACGGAAAUAA